AUGGGAGUAUUUAGGGAGGAUGAAAAAAUUGGAGCAUCUAAAUUGAUGUUACUCUGGAUGGCCGAAGGCCUCGUUCAAUGUAGUGAUGAGAGAGGAUUGGAGGCAGUAGCUGAAGCUUACUUGACCGAUAUAAUUUCUAGUAGCCUACUAAUGGUUUCAAAGACGACCUUUUAUGGCAAGGUGAAGUACUUGCAAAUUCAUGAUCUAGUGCGUGACUUUGUCUUAAACAAAGCUAAAGAAGAAAAGUUCAUGCAAGUUAUAGGGACACAUAACCAAUAUCAACCUUCAUAUGAUGAGGAACAUCGAGUGUGCAUUCACCUCGACCAUAAGCUUCGUCAUGAUUUGCAGAGAUUCAACAACAAAGUAGAUAGAUUCCUCACAAGCGGCUCCAAAAAAGGAACAUCUUUUGGACAAGAUCUUAAAUCGUUCUUUGUUACUAAUAACGUGGAUGAUUUUCUUGCUUAUAGAGAUUUUUGGGAUAGCGAGGCUAAUUUUCAUGGUACUGUUUCUGAAGAGUAUUUAUCUCGUUCGUAUCAUUUCUCUUCAGUUGGAGAUUUAAGACUUCUUAGAGUGUUGGAUUUCAAGAACUGCAUUCCAGGGGAUUAUACGAAUAUAGAAGAUAUACUGCAAUCACUAGUUCACCUGAGAUACCUGGCAAUGUGUUUCGAAAAGUUUUUUUUCGAGUGGGUAUCACACAUGUGCGACCUGGAAACUUUACUGGUGGAUACUGAGAGAAUGGUAGAUGCGACACCUCAUAUUUGGAAGAUGACGAAACUAAAGCAUGUAGACCUAUUAACACUUUUACCUCGUGAGUUAUUUGCAGUUUCUGAAGAAGGUCAGUCUAAGUUGGAGAAUUUGAGGGCCUUUAAAGGCAUGUGUUUACUUCGUGAGGAUAUAGAGUUAAUUGAGAGGUUUCCCAAUCUUCAAAAGCUUUUCCUCAUGAUAGCUGAUAAUGAUGAAUCUAACUCUCCCGUUCUGAAAUUGGAUGUUCUUACACAGCUUCAAUCCCUCGUGCUUGGUUCGAUGUGUAAUAUCACCAAGUAUUAUUUACCUUCAAGUCUCAAAGAGCUGAUCCUCCGCCAAGUUAAUAUACUAGCAAGUGCAACUUCCACAAUCGCUGGGUUACCCAACCUUCAAAGACUGUUAUUUCAAGGGUGUAUAUUCGAGCAAGAGGAGUGGGACGUGAGAGAUAUGGAAUUCCCAGUACUCAAAAUCUUAAAAUUUCGAGGAGUUCAGCUUAGGGUAUGGCAUGUCUCAGAAUCAUCAUCAUUUCCCAUGCUUGAGAGUUUAGUGCUAAGAUCUGUUGAAUUGCUUGAGAAGAUUCCUGAAAGUUUUGUGGAAAUUGGAACACUUACAUCAAUCAAGGUGAUCGAUUGUGAUGAUAAUCUCAAGGCUUCAGCUUUGGAGAUUGAGGAAGAAGUAGAAGCAACUACAGGAUGUGACAACCUCAAGGUCUAUAUUUUUCCACAUUACUCUCGCAGCAGCAGCAGUAGCGGCAGAAGCAGAAGAAAAACAGAAGAAGUAGAAGAAGAAGAAGCAGCAACAGCAAAAGUAGAAGCAGAGGAGGAGGAAGAUGAUCAUUUAAGACUUUCAAUCUUGAUUACAUGCUUUUUCUUUUUCUUCUCUUUUUCUUUUGGUCGCAUAAAUAUAACAAAUAGUCCACAGAACUUACUUAUUAAAAGUUGUUUGGACAUUUUCACCAUUCAUGUUAUUCUCUGUAAAGCCCUAUAA